GAGCGACCCUUUUCCUAUAUUCUUUUUGUCGUUCUUUCAAGCCUAUCCUUCGUUAUUCCCGCUAAGAUGUGUUAUUGUCUGCUCUGAACUGACUUCAUUUAAUUGCCACUUGCCAUGCCGAUUUGAUCUAGGAAUAAUCUCGUCGCAUCCUCUCUUUAAUCUUUAGAUCGGCAUACUACUGUGCCGUUCAACUCCUAGAAUUUCAGCUUGCAAGAUGCAUUUCAUAUAUACUACUCUCGUUAUUCAUUUGAUUGCCUCGCUUUGCUCGGCAGGUCCAAUUGAUCAUUCUCGUUUAAUCCUAAAGAAAGGGCAUCAUGAGCCAGAAGUUAAAUCUUCAUUUGUAAUAGACACUUCCACAGUCGUUUCCUACCGUCCACAAGAUACUUCUGCCACGUCUAGCGGCAGUAGCUUUUUCAGUACUAUGGCCAGCACAUUCUCCACCGUGGUACAGAGUCUACAGACAGAGUCAAGCUCUAGUGCUGUGCUUCAUCAUUCCACUGCUGACGAUGAGGAGGAUGACGGCCACGAGAGUCAUUCGGCAUUUGGCCCUACGACAACACUUACAUCGUCACACAUGGCCGCGAGGAGCUCGUCGGCACCUGCUACACAUACAACAAAUACCCUCACUCAUGGUUAUAGCGCCCCCCGUGCCUCCACGUCCAAGAUACCAGAUACAACACAUUCAACAUCCUUGCUCGCAGACACAUACUCUCAAGUUGCUGUCGUGCGUGCCAGCUCCGCCGCUGUUGUAUCGAGUGAGAUAGCUGAGCCUACGGUCACGACGACUACAGUCACA